AUGGACCGUGCCUCAACCGAUACGAGAAGUCGUGAGCGCCUGAUAAAGUUGUGCUGCAAUUUUUCCACGGUGCAAAGGGGUGACAUCGAGAACGCGGACCAGGAGAUCAACCGCGUCCACGCGCUACACAAGCGGCGUCUGGAUGCGGCUAUUCAAAAGAUCACGGUCGCGAUGCGGCAAGUGGAGUGCGCAAAGCGACUUUAUCGUGACUGGGGCAACCCGCGGGACUACACUGUCACGCGUAUGGUCGAAAAACUGGCGGCGGUGAUCGAAGAGGCGAAAAAAAACGUCAGUCCGCGGGAAGGUGGCGUCGCGCCGGACGAGGGUGCCGCCGUGCAAAGUGGCAUCAUGCUGGAUGCUGACCGGUACUUCUUGGGGCGGCUGGAAUACCUGAUGCGGUUGCUGACACACGAAACACAAUUUCACGAUUUCUUGGGGGAGAAUCCGCAGAAGAAGUUGCACCCCAUCUGGGACGAGGGUUUGCUUGGAUUACUGUCGAACGCGUUUGGUGCCAGUGCGAAUGAUGCAGAUCCGGAAGAUGAGGAGGAUGAGGAGGUGGAUGCAGCUGUGCUCGCGGGACGGGCCGCAGCUGCGGCUGCGCGGCGUGCACGGAUAAAUGCCAACUUCACGCCAGAGGAGCGGAAGUUUCGCGAGGGUCUCGAGCCGUUUUUCCCGAAAAGACGCAAGAAGGAACGCGAAAUCGUUGUUCCGGCAGUGGACGACGAUGUAAAUGACCCAGAAGUUGUUGGAGAUGCUCCAGCGGGGAAAAAAGGCGUGGCGAAGAAUCAACGCGAGAACAGCAAUGAAAAAGGAGCAAAGGGUGCGAAGAACAACAAAAACGGCAGUGCCACAGCAUCGGGUUCGAAAAGCAAUCCCCAGGUGGACCUGCAGUUGCAAGCGGCUCAAAAUAAUGUACCCCGCGACGGAGACGGCGGAGCUCAGCAGAAGGGGAAGGCGGGAGCAAAGGGAAAAGGCAAGAAAAAGGGCCCGCCGGUGAACGCCAACAACAACCCCGUGAUCGUAGAGAGACACGACGAGGUUCGAGAAACCGUUCCGGGCCGCCCCGGACACGGCGAAGGGAAGGGACCCGGUCCGCAGCUGGUUCGCCAGGUGUACGAGUAUGGCUUGCAGAACUUUGAGCGCCGUCUCAACGUGGAAUUGAAACCGGCUUUCCAGCCGUUCUCCUUCUUCUGCCGCACAAUGAAGGCCUUUGUGCCCCGGCACGGCAUGUCUAAGACGAGAAGCGCGGACGCACAAGGAGACCACCAGACGGCAGGAGGGCACCAGGGCGAAGCCAGUAACCCGCCUGAGGCGUUAGCAGCGGAGGACGAGUCUAUCAAAUUUGAGUGUCCUGUUUGUAUGGACGAGGCGAAGCCGAACGGCACCCAAAUUGCCUACGAGUGCGGGGAGUUCGCCGUGUCAGACAUCCGUUUGACGCCAUGCGGGCACGCGUUCUGCAAAGCCUGCUUGGAAGAUUCGAUUAAGAGGUACGGAAAGUGUCCGACGUGCAAUAAUCGAAACCUGAAACUGACCGACUUGUGCGACAUCGCAAACGAAGCGGAGGGGAUUCGGAAAAUGGAAGCCGAAAUUGAGCAACGGGAACAGCAAAGGAAGAAGGGUUCGGCCAACAAAAGCACGGCAAAUAAACCAAAAUUCGUAGCGAAGAAGGUAAACCUGCAGGAGGAACACUUGCAAACGAGUUGGGGAAAAUUGAAGUUGUACAAUGCGGAGUUCGGGCACGAAGCGCGACACGAAGAGCGCAGCGCCCAGCGGGACAAGCCGCUGGCCUACAAGAAAUACGGUAGCAAGAUCCAGUCGAUGAUUCUCGUGUUGCAGAAAAUUUUGGAGGACGACCCGAGUGCAAAAUGCAUCGUCUUUGCUCAAUGGAAACUCAUUGAGGAAAAGAUCGAAAGCGCAUUCGAAGGAUACAAGCUUCCCUACACGACACUUUGGGGCUCGGGAAUGAGAAAGGCGCAAAUUUUGAAGGACUUUCAAGUCACGUACAAAACCGGGCAGGUCAUUCCGCGUGGUGUGCCGCGAAUUCUCGUCAUGUCCUUCGAAAAUAACGCUUCUGGUGCGAAUCUGACAAGCGCCAAUCACAUUCUCUUCGCGCAUCCCAUGGGUACACUCAUUUCAAGACUUUUUGCACGUAAUUUUUUUCGACGAGAAGCAAGUCCAAAGCGAAGUGCGGAAAUCAAUGUAGAAGUAGAUCAUAGAAGAAGAAUGCAAAUUCAAAAUCAAACUUCACACAGUCGCAACAACGUUCGCAAAGUCUCUUGCCUACGAGACACAAGCUAUUGGUAGGGCGAGACGCUACGGCCAGAAAAAAACAGUUCACGUGUGGCGGUUCGUGACACGGGACACAGUCGAGGCCGAGGUUGUCAUCCAGCAUCAACUUGCGACAGAGAAACGAGCCGCAGCGAAGCGCGAGCUUGCAGAUCGGAUCCAGAAAAAAGAGAAGACAGCCGCAGGCAUCAAAGCCCCGAUCCGCGACGCGGACGUGGCUGGUGCUGUGUCUUCGAGUAGCGGAAGCAGUAGCGAAAACAAUGGAGAGGAGCUGGGGGCAGGGGGAGGCAGCUCAAGCUCCUCCUCUUCUAGUUUUGCGAACACGAAGAAGAGCACGACGGGAAGCGGAAUUAUUUUAUCGAACCAGCUGGAUUUACUUGACACCGAUCCGGCGUUCGGAUCCGCCUCCGCCACCAGGGGCGGUCUCGGUAGCAGCAGUUUGAAAAACAGCAGCCGCUUGCCUGGGCAGCUACCAACUUCGAACGGAGCGUCCAGCAGCAGCGCUCGACCUCCAGCCAGAAAGACAAAUCUGUUGCAUUCGGACGAAGCCAACCAGGCUGAUGAUGCACACCGUGAUGGUGAUUCCAAGGCAGCUGCGGAAGAGGACAACGAUCACCCGAUGGAGAACAGCGUUUGGGGCAUCAUUCGGAAGAAACUGCUUGAGGUGCAAUCAUUUGCUUGGGUUUGCUUGAAUGAAAUAGAAUACGUUCUUGUUUUUCUGGACGCGAUAGUCAAAACAGUACAAGCUUCAAGCUUGUUUUAAAUACCCAACCGAUAAAACCAUAACGAACAGGUGUCGCUGGGGGCUUCAGUUCUGGUCAGGGAGAUAAAAUCGGAAGCUGUCAGCCGUGGUUUUACCGCGCGAGACUGUGACGACGUUUUAGCCGGGUACACGAAUCGCGGUGUCAUCAAGCGGACUUUGUCAUUUGCAGGUGACGGUAUCAAAUGUGAAUUAGUUGACAUUCCUAUGGUUUGA